AUGUCGUUCUAUCCUCCCGGCUGGGACUACGAGCGCGUGAUGGACUGCCGCGAUGGGGACUUCGAAACCCUCGCUGAGGAACAACGCAUAACUCUAAUAAACGGUCUCAAAGAAGCAGGGCUGUACCAAGCUUACGAAGACAAAGUAAUAGAAACAGUCAUGGAUUCCAUGGAAGCCGAACGACUAGCUGCAGAAGCCACCAAAACAGAAGAGCAGAAACUGGCUGAUCGCGAAAUCUAUGCUCCCUACAUCGACACCCUAAAGAAUGUCUUCAAAUUCGAGCCGGAAUGGUCAGAAUGGGGCUUUGUGGUCUUUCGCGCGACUGCCUAUGGCCCUGAGCAUGAGGCGAAGUGGGCGGAGUUUCGCCGGCGCUGGGACCAGAUCAUUGAGGAGGAGCAUGCUGAUCGGCGGGGUUUUCAUCCCAAGUCAGAUCGGGCGAUUGAAUUGCUGCAGUUUCGGUGGGUAGAGGAUCCGUCACUGGACGGGGCGUCACCGGUUGAGGUUUCUCGGCGUUUUGACGAAAUGUGGGCGGAUCUUCCCACUGGACUCACCACUACAGCCUGUCUCAUGGUGACUCCUGAGGCUCUGGAGUCAGUCCUCAACUCACCUCUGCCCUCUUCAGCGCCCCUGAAGCAUCCUUUCGUGGUUGCAGUCUCCAGGGUCGCGCACUAUCCACGCCCGGAGCUCACGCUUGCCGAAGCAAGCGAAGAUGUCUUUGGUCAAGAUUUCAAAGGAUACUUCAAUGUCGCCGUUAAGAGCCUUUUGAACCAUUUCUACCCUAUCGUCGCGCUGGAUAUCAUGGACCUCCCUCAACUGGCGKGUCGCAUGAAGGAUAUCUGGUGCGAUACGUGUGGGGGAGGUAUACGCCAUCAUCUGCAAGAGUCUAGUUGA